UUCUCAGUUUAGUUACACCGCAUAAUAUUCAUGAAAAGCAUUUUACAAUCUACAAAAAUACAAAAUAAAUGGCAAAUUUUCUCGGCAUGUUGUCUUCAAAGACCUCCAAUUAUAUCAAAAGAAAAAACUGAGCUUGAAACCAGAUAUCAAAAUUUAUUAUAUCAAAUAGAAUAUGAGCAUAGUGUGAAAUCAGAUUUUGAGCUAAAAAGUGUUAAAGAGAUAAAAAAUAAAAAAGAUGAAAAAUCUAAAGCCAAAGGAGAUUUACUAACUCCUCAAGAAUUAGAAGACAGAUAUGUGGAAGAAUUUAACAUGUUUAAAACAAAUUUAAGAACAAAUCAAAAAAAAAAUACUAUAGACUCAUAUAUGGAUAGUAAAUUGUAUUUAGUUACUCACCAACAACUAGGACAAAGCACAAAUCUCAUAUUUCCUACACAACUUUGGGAGAAGGGUGAAACUUUAAAAGAAACAUCAGAAAAAGCACUGAAUUGCUUAAUCAAGAAUCCUAAAGUGCAACCAUUAUUUUUAAGUUAUGCACCUAUUGGUUUUUAUAAAUAUAAAUAUCCAAAGCCUGUCUCAGAAAUGACUCAACAUAUAGGAGCAAAAAUGUUCUUCUUCAUGGCCUACCUGACUCCAAAAUAUCAAAAAUAUUUCGUGCAUAACGAUACAAAUGCCUCAUAUAAAUGGUUUAAUAUAGAUGACAUGAAAAACAAUAUGAAACCAUCUUAUUUUAAAGCACUUAGACCCUUUAUAUUAUGCCAGUGAUAAAAAAUACGAAGCUGUUUUAUAUUAAUAAUAAAUUUAUUUAUUGUAUUAUUAAUAUA